GGGCGAAUCACAACUUCCACACAUGUGUAGGGCAGAGAAGCAGCAGCCCCAUUGCCUACAGUCUCGUGUUUUUCAAUUUAAAGUUGACAACAAUCAGUUUAAUAUCACCAAAUAACAGCCGAGCCUGAACCCGUAACGGCUGCGUCGACAAGAUGGCGGAGAUCGUUCAGCAGCGGAUUGAGGAGAGAAUCCCUGAGCUGGAGCAGCUGGAGAGAGUGGGACUGUUCACCAAGAAAGAAGUCAAAUCUAUAAUCAAGAGAGCUACAGCCCUGGAAUACAAGCUCCACAGGUUGAUCAUAAGCAAAGAGGACUUCAUUGCAUACAUUCAGUAUGAAAUCAACAUUUUAGAGCUGAUCAAGAAGAGAAGAGCGCACAUACAUUACCAUUUCAAAAGAGAGGAGAUUGAGUUCCCCGUCAUCCACAGAAUAAACAGUGUCUUCAGAAGAGCAACAAACAAAUGGAAGGAUGAUGUGCAGCUAUGGCUCUCGCAUGUUGCUUUCUGUAAGAAAUGGGCCACCAAAGGCCAGAUCAGCAAGGUCUUCUCAGCCUUGCUUGCCAUACACCCCGACAAACCAGCUCUGUGGAUCAUGGCAGCCAAGAGUGAGCUGGAGGAUAGAAGUUCCUCUGAAAGUGCCAGACACCUGUUUCUGAGAGCUCUGCGCUUCCAUCCAAACAACAAGAAAGUCUACCAGGAGUACUUCCGCAUGGAGCUGCUCCAUUGCGAGAAACUGAGGAAGCAGAAGAAAGAGCUGGAGAAAGCUGAGAUGGACCUGGGUGAAUAUGAGUUUUCUCCAGAGAUCCUGAGUGCUAAACUGGCUGAGGUUGUGUACAGAGAUGCUACAGGGAAAAUCAAAGAAGCAGAGUUUGUCAUCUCACUUCUGAACAUAGCAGCUAUCUUUGACUUCACCAAAGAACUCCAGGACUUCAUCCUGCAAGACUUACAGGAAAACUACACAGAAAACAGCUUGACAUGGGAUUUCAUGGCUAAGAGGGAGCUGGAGGCUCCGGGGGCUGGGGAGGAGCUGCAGACAGCCAAAGGCCGGGCCUCAGAUAUCAGCCGCAGAGAGGAGCGCUGCUGCCAGGUCUAUGAGGAGGGAGUCAAGAGCAUUAAUACUGAGCCCAUGUGGACUUGCUAUGUGGCCUUCUGCUUAGAAAGGCUGAAGAGGAAGACAAAUGUCCAAGAGCUGAAAGAAAAAAGGCAGGAGAGGCUGCUGGGAGUGCUGCAGCGUGCCCACGACGCCUCACUGCUGAAGGAGGAUUAUUACAAGAAAUGGCUGCAGAUCCUGCUCUCAUCCGGAGAUGCUGAGGGAGCGGCCGGUGUUGCCAUGGCAGCCACGCAGCGCUACAGCCAAUCGGUGUCAGUGUGGAGCCUGAGUCUGCAGACGCUAAUGCAGCUGGGGAGUGAGAGAGACGUUGGCAGGCUUUUCCAGGACGCUCUCACACAUGUUAAUCCUAAGGAGAGUCUACCACUUUGGCAGCUGCAGGUCCAGUGGAGCGUGGCCAACCAGAGUCCGGAGGAGACAGAAGCCGUUUUCAAGAGAGGUCUGCUGUCUGCAGUAGCAGCUGUUGCCAUGGAGAUGAAAGGGAGCUACCUUGAUUGGUCGUACUCCACUGGAGGCUACAAGAAAGCUAGGAAGACGUUUACGAGCUUACAGGAAAACCGUCCCUUGUCCAAGGCCUUUUUCACCAGAAUGAUUCAGAUCGAGAAGGAACAAGAGAGUCCAAAGAUGAACAAUCUGAGAGACUGCUAUGAGAGGGCCCUGCAGGAGUUUGGCACAUCAGAUGACGAUCUGUGGCUGCAGUACAUCCGGGAGGAGCUGGGACCCCUGGGACAGCCAGAGAACUGUGGCAAGAUCCACUGGAGAGCUAUGAAGUUUUUGGAGGGGGAGAAUGUGGAGAGGUUCACUUCGAAAUACACUCUACUUCAAACCGGACACUUAUGAGUAACCCUGAAAAGGUCCAAGUAGCUUCGAUCAAACCUUGUUAAGUUCAGAAAACAACAAUGCCAAUGUUUCACAACUGUGUAGCAGUUUUUUCAGCUGAAGAAGCAGCACAGGUUUCGGAGCACGGGUUUCUCUUGGUCCUGUAUAAUACCAGUGCUGUGCCCAUCCAUGCACUGUUUCACUCCCUUCAACAAGUAUUGCAAUUCCUGGAAAAGGCCUGUCGAUUCUUCUUGAAAGGUUCCAGCAGCGUUAGAGGAGAAAUGUUCUUAGGUUUGGCAAUUGCAGCUUUAAGCAGCAGUGUUUUACAGCUGUAAUUAACUUGUACCUACUUUCCAUUUUCUUUGCAUUGCAUUUGAUACCAGACUGACAUUGGAAACACGUAGUAUUAUAAAGGUGUCCAGUUUAAUUGAAUU